CAGCCUCAAGCACGUGCGAGUUAGCGGCAGGAUGUCUACUGUUAAGAUUGGUCAUAAGGUCGCGAAAGAACAGGAGGAGAGGCGCCGGCUAUGAUAAUGUUGGAGCGGUAGACCCUAGUUUUUUUACUUUGCUGCAGUGGUCUCACUAGUGACUAGACUCAGCCAAGUCAUCUCGUGAUGACAAGUUAGUGACUGAUGGGAAACUUCACACAGGAGCAUACUCGCGAAGAUGCGCUGCCCAUUCAAGCAGCCACUUACUUAGUCAAGGCAUGAAGAUCUUCUGUGACUGCACAGAGCUCUUGAACUUCGUGAGAACCCAUCAAGUUCUAGAGUGAACGGCGGUCAGGAGCUCGCUGCGCUAGCUCUAAAAUCAGAAAAAGGCGCAAAGGGGAUUAACAUUAAGGCCACAAAAAAUCCGCUUCCAUCUUCUUGCCAAUAUCUUUCGGCUAACUUCUUCACAUCAAUAUAUUCUAUCUUACUUCUGCUCUUUGAAUGGUCAUUCCCGCCGUACAUCAUGGAUGUGCCCGCCGUUGGUUUCAUCAGCAUCUUUUUUGAGAAGAGACGAAAAGCACAAGUAGAGACCCGAGAAGCAUAGUAGGCACCUACCUUAUAACUAAAGGCUGUUCGUUGUACGAAGGUGCGGCAUUAUGUAUUUGUGGGUCUUCAUAACUACUCAGCUUUUUUCCACGAUAGAGUAUACAUCUAGCUUCAUUCUUCAUCGCAUACCCAAACGUACAUUUAUCUUUUCAUGACAUCAGUAUUCAGUAGGCUCGUGCUCUAUUGUGACGUGAUUCGUUGAAGAUGCCUUAUUUGUAGAUGAAUGGCUCUGGUAUUUGGUGGCCUGAAUUUGAUCCCAGGGAUUCUUCUCUUGUUUUCCCUAUGAUCGAAAUCAGGCUACCAAGUACCAGAGCAAUACAGCAGAUUACUUAUCAUCUGAGUAAACGGCAGCUGUUCGGUUCAAGUUCUUCUAAAAAUCAGAAGAAAACGAGUGUGAAGGUUAUCGAGGGUAAGUGCUUGCUGGGCAGAAAGCGCUUGUGGCCAAUGAAGGCGGUGAGGAAGGAAUGGAAGGGCGAGAAGGGGCGAUCUCCUUCCAG